UUAAGCGCCAUUUUCGAUUAUAGCUGUUUUCAAAACAUUAGUGAUCACUUCAGAAUGCCUGCUGCCAAGAAAAAGAAGGGUCAGAAAGCCGCUGAAGUAGUGGCAGAACCCAUGGAAGUGGUGGAAAAUGAAGGCGAUGCUGAUCCUGCUGAUGGAGAGGAUCUGGUGACCAGUGUCGUUUCUCGUCAGUUCAAUCCAGAAGAUUUCGGAGAAAUUGAAAUACCACCUGCUGCUGUAAGUGUUGCAACAUAUGAGAUACAUGGACCUAGAUUGAUGAUCACUCACAUCGUCAAUGAGAAUUUCAAAUCCUAUGCUGGUACCCAAACUCUUGGACCAUUCCACAAGAGUUUUACAUCCAUCAUUGGACCAAAUGGAAGUGGAAAGUCUAACGUGAUUGAUUCCAUGUUAUUUGUGUUCGGUUUCCGUGCCAACAAGAUUCGUUCCAAAAAGAUCAGUGUGCUUAUUCACAAUAGUGAGAACCACACCAACAUUCAGGGAUGUACUGUCAGCGUUCACUUCCAGAAGAUCAUUGAUACAGGGCCAGGAGAUGAUGAGUACACUGUCGUACCUGAUUCAAAGUUUGUCGUAGCCAGAACAGCAUUCAAAGACAACAGCUCGUACUACACUGUAGACGGCAAGCGACAAACCUACAAAGAAGUGGCAAUGAUUCUCAGAGGUAGUGGAAUUGACCUGGACCACAACCGCUUCCUCAUCCUACAGGGUGAAGUUGAACAGAUCGCCAUGAUGAAGCCCAAGGGAUUGACAGAAAGCGAGGAUGGCAUGUUGGAGUUCUUAGAAGAUAUUAUCGGCAGCAAUCGCUUCAAAGAACCAAUUGAUCUCCUUGCCAAACGGGUAGAAACACUGAAUGAAAUGAGAGGUGAAAAGUUGAACAGAGUGAAAGCUGUAGAAAAGGAGAAGGAUGAUUUGGAAGGAUCCAAAAACGAAGCAGUAGAGUUUCUGUCUUUGGAGAAUGAGAUUAUUCGUCAUAAGAACAAAUUGUACCAGAAAUAUGUUAAGGAGUGUGCCGUUAAUGAAGAAAAAGCAACCGGACAGUACAACAAGAUCAACGAGGGGAUGAAAGAGGUCAAUGAAAAGAUGCAGUCCAUCACAGAUGCAAUGAAAGAAAAGGGCAAGGAGCAUAAACGUAUCCUGAAGCAGUAUGAACAACUGGUAGUUAAAGGAGACGAGGCCAAGGAACGAUUCAGUGAAUUUGAAAAACAGGAUGUGAAAUGUCGAGAAGACAUGAAACACACCAAGUCCAAAGCUAAGAAGCUCGAAAAGACACUGGAACAAGAGAAAACGAAGGUGGAAGAAUUUAAGGCUAUGCCAGAGCAGACAGAACAGGUUAUCGCAGAUCAUCGUCGCAAGUUAGAGAGACUGGAGAAAGAUAAAAAGAAGGAAGAGGAAAAGCUUGCUGAAGUGAUGGAAGGCUUGAAGACCGAGACAAAAGGUUUACAAGAAGAGAAGGAGAAAAAGGAGGAAGAGUUAUUAGGCCUACAGAAAUCUGUAAACGACACCAAAUCUAAGUUAAACAUUGCCCAAUCGGAACUGGAUAUCUAUCUAAGUACCCAGCAGAGCGAGACCUCAAAGCUGGAGGAGAUGCAGAGGAACCUGAACAAGGCUUGUACUACAGUCAAGGACAGACAAAGCUAUUUGAAAGAUCUCAAAAAGAAGUUACCAGAAACAGAGAAUGUAAUUGAAAAAGCCAAGAAAGACAUGGAGCUUGUCACAGCUACUGAACUCAAGUGCGCAAACGAGCUGAGGAGUGUAAGAACCAAGGUAGAAGAGGCUAGGAGCUCUAUGCAGGCAGCUAAGAGACAAGGCAAGGUGAUAGAGGCUCUGAUGGAGGCCAAAAAACGGGGAGUAAUGCCAGGAGUCUGUGGUCGUUUGGGUGAUCUUGGUGCCAUUGACAUGAAGUAUGACGUUGCCAUAUCAACAGCCUGUGGAGCUCUUGACCACAUCGUGGUGGACAGCAUCAAUACGGCCCAGCAGUGUGUCCAGUUCCUCAAGAAGAACAACAUUGGGUCCGCUACCUUCAUAGGCCUGGAUAAGAUGGCUAAGUGGAAAGAACACACCAAAAGAAAAAUAUCACCGCCAGAAAAUGUACCUCGCCUAUUUGACCUUGUAAAGACAAAAGAUGAUAGCUACCUACCUGCUUUCUACUUCGCCUUGAGGGAUACACUUGUGGCCAAUGACCUUGAGCAGGCCACAAGGAUAGCCUAUGGCAAGACUCGUUACAGGGUGGUGACACUUCAGGGACAGCUAAUAGAUCAGUCAGGUACAAUGUCUGGUGGAGGAAAGUCAGUGUGCAAAGGAAGGAUGGGCUCGGCUGUUGUCGCAGAUGUUGACCCGAAGGAGCUAAACAACCUGGAAAAUUCUCUAGAGAAGCUGGCAAAUGAUGCUCAACAGAGUCGAGCCAAUAAAGAGAGACUGGAAGACCUUAUCAGGGAGCAAGAGAAAUCUCUUAAUAAUAUUAAACACACCAUAGAAAAGUGUGAGAUGGACAUCAAGGCUAUGUCUGAACAGGAAACAAACUUGACUGCACAGAUCAAAGAACAGGAAGCCAGGGUCAAAGCUGCAGCACCAGAUGAGAAAGAACUUAAACAGCUGGAGAAAAAAGUCGGAGAAUACAAAAAAGAGUAUGAAAAAGCCUCUGGAGUCACUGCUAAGAUUGAAAAGGAAGUUCAAAGAUUACACAAUGAGAUCAUGGAUAUUGGAGGGUCAAAGAUGCAGGCAGUCCAGUGUAGAGUAGAUGCUGUAUCCAACCAAAUUGACCAGGUCACCGGCCAAAUCACCAAGGCACAGGUUGCACUUAAAACCACCGCUAGGAACCUGAAGAAGGCAGAGGAGAAAGUAGAAUCAGUGGAAGAAGAAAUUGAAGAUAAUAAGAAAAAGAUUGCAGAGCUAGACACACUCUUCAAACAGCUGGAGGAAGACGCUACAUCUGUGUUACAGAAUUACCAGGGUUUAAAGGACAAGAUAAAAGAGGCAGAUGAGGAGCUGAGUGGGGUGAAGGCCGAGAUUGCCAAGCAUGAGGAGGAGCAAAAUCAACUACAGAAGGAAGUAGUGGAUGUCAGACACGAGUUGGAGAAGUUUGAUGGCAUCAUCAAAUCUAAUCAACAGAAAAUUAAACAUUGGAAAAAGGAGAUGGGACAGUUGACCUUGACCCCUAUAGAGGGUAAGGGAGAGACAGACCUACCUACAGUUGAGGAGGAGGAACUGGCCACUCUUGACAAGGAAGCCACCCAGUAUGAGAUUACUGUCUUAGAGGAGAAACUGGCUCAGAUGAAACCCAACAUGGCUGCCAUAGCAGAAUAUAGGAAAAAGGAGACACUUUACCUGCAACGUGUCGGUGAACUUGACCAGAUUACUGACGUCCGUGACCAACAGAGGAAAUACUUUGAGGAUCUGCGGAAACAGAGACUGGACGAGUUCAUGGCUGGCUUCAGUGUCAUCACAAAUAAACUUAAGGAGAUGUACCAGAUGAUCACUCUCGGUGGAGAUGCUGAACUUGAGCUUGUAGACUCGCUUGAUCCAUUUUCUGAAGGAAUUGUGUUUAGUGUACGACCUCCCAAGAAGUCAUGGAAGAAUAUCUCUAAUCUAUCCGGAGGUGAAAAGACUCUCAGCUCUCUUGCCCUGGUAUUCGCCCUGCACCAUUACAAACCAACACCUCUCUAUGUUAUGGAUGAGAUUGACGCCGCUCUCGACUUCAAGAAUGUCUCCAUUGUAGCUAACUACAUCAAGGAGAGGACAAAGAAUGCACAGUUCAUCAUCAUUUCCCUGAGAAACAACAUGUUUGAGUUGGCUGACCGUCUCGUGGGCAUAUACAAAACAGACAAUUGUACAAAAUCUGUAACGAUCAACCCUAACAGACUGACGCAACCUCUCAGUGUCGCGUAACCUUCAACCCCGACCUUCAACUCCGACCUAAAACUGUCUUACAUCUCUCAUUGUCGUGUAACCUUCAACUUCGACCUCCAACUGUCUUACAUGUCUCAUUGUCGGGUAACCUUCAACUCCGACUUCCAACUGUCUUACACCUUUCAGUGUUGUGUAACCUUCAACUUCGACCUCCAAUUGUCUUACACAAACUAAGUGCAGUGUAACCGUUGAUUGUCUUACACAAAUUCUCAGCACAGUGAUACAAACUCGGUGCAGUGUAUUCAUCAUCUCUGACUGUCUUGCACAAACUUCCCUUCACACUACAUGAUCCAAGAAUGUAUUUAAACAAGAAUGUUUUCACAGACCAAAGUUAAGACACUUUGCUGGGGAUUUAACAUUCUUUCGUUAGGAUGAUUUUCAUUCAAAACUCUGUUUUUACUUGUUAAAGAGAAAGAAUUGUUACCAUGGAGAUGUUCUGUUGUGACUUGUUAAAGGGAAGAAACAGUAUCUUAGGAGAUGUUUAUAUUCAGCCAGUGUCAGUUUUAUUUGUUAGAGCAAAAAGAAUCUCUUAGAUUUUUGGGGAGGGAACAUUAGGCUGUUCAAUAAGUGAUUUAUAAGUGAUGCUAAUGAAGAUAAAAAAUUGAAAUGUACAUAUUAGGUCUGAGGAUUUAUAGAUUACGACUAGAGUACUAGAGUAGUCAGUGGUUUACUGAAACCUAUUGGAUAAACAGUAUUUUAAAAAAAAAGUGUGAUUUGGAGUCUUAUGAUUGGUUUAUUUAGGGGAUGGGGAUUGAAGAUUUUUAUUUGAUUUUGUGGCCUAGAAAUCCUUUAUAUUUACCAUUGGAUUGUUGAAUUAUGUAUAACCCAACCUAAUUCAGAAAACAUUCAUAUCUGCUAUGAAUGCAAUGAUCUUUUACUACAUAUUCCACCAUCAUUACAUAAUGCUAAAAAUGGAUACCAGAGAUCACAGAAUCCCCUUGGUCAAUUGCUGUUUUGUUUUUAGAAAAAAAAAAGCAAAAA